UUUCGACACCUCCUCCCCCUCCCCUACUCAACAUUCCACACAUGCGAGGAAGCAACAGCUAGUAGCAGCCCGGACGUCUGUCAGCCACAAGGCGUAUUAUUAUGCACAAGUUUAGAAACGCCGACUUUUCCCCCUGAGCAGACUCGAUAACAACGUUCGACGAAACGCAGGAAGAGUCGAGAAAAUACGGAUCAUGGCCGACCUUCUUAGCGACUAGUUAGCUGUUGUUUUUGCAGAUUCAAAUGUGCAAAAAGUCAGUGAGCUGUACUCGACGUCGAACAAGAUGGCAGCAAUAGCAGCGACACCGAUGCAGGGUUUGGCGGUGGCGUGGCUUCUCGCUGCUUGCCUUUUUGACGCGAUGACUCAUUUGGUGUACGGGUUUUACUGAAGGUAUGGCCUCGCGAGUCUUGUUUCAGCCAUCACACCUGCACUCAGCUCAAACAAGUGCCUUAGGAGCCAGUAACAGCAACCACAAAGGGGAAGCCCAUAACACCACUAGAGCCUUUCCCAUAAAACCCCCACCAAAAACCUAUGUUAUUGGAGUCAACUACGGAAUAGCCUACCCCAACAACGUAUUCCCAUCAACAGUUGAUGACUUUGAAAGACUGCACGGGGUGUCAGCAAUUGAAGAAAGUGAGGGGAGGGUUCCACGUCAAUUGGGCUCGUACUCUUUGAAGAGAAGAGGAAAAGGCCUUGUUGGGAUCCAAGAUUGUCAGGGCAAAGGACCACAGGAACGGAGAAUAUUUGAAGGCGAAAGGGAAACAAACGAAGCAGAUGGGGAACAUGCAAACCCAGAAUCAGGUGUGAUCCAGAGAUGCAAACAGAAGAGAGGUAAAGUUGUAGAACUGCAGCAGGAUAACAACUGUGUUGAAACCAUGCAGAUAGUGGAGGAGAUAUCUGAUCUACCUUCACUGCCUGCUUCCACUACAAUGUUGCAAACCAGUACGGGAAAUCGUGAGGUUGCUAAAGUUGGGGCUAAGGGCACCCUGCCUUGUAAAGACAAGGUUGGGGUGUCUGCUGUCGUUGAGAAUGAUUCAAAUGGGGCAAAAAUCAGGUCUAACGUCACUACUGAGGUGAUGACUAAUGCAAACAGAUCAGGAACAGGAGAUGGUGACUAUCAAUUAGUUCAGCAUGAGGUUCUCUGCUCAUUGAAGCACAGCUAUGAGGUGUUGGAGUUUCUUGGACGUGGCACUUUUGGUCAGGUGGUGAAGUGCUGGAAGAGGGGAACAAAUGAAGUGGUGGCUGUCAAAAUACUGAAGAACCACCCAUCGUAUGCACGUCAGGGACAAAUUGAGGUGGAGAUACUUGCUCGCUUGAGUAGUGAGAACGCAGAUGAAUACAAUGUGGUGCGCGCUCUAGAGUGCUUUCAGCACCGCAGUCACACUUGUUUGGUGUUUGAGAUGCUGGAGCAAAACCUAUAUGACUUCCUUAAGCAGAACAAGUUCAGCCCACUGCCACUCAAAAUCAUCAGGCCUAUACUGCUGCAGGUAGCAACAGCGUUAAAGAAACUGAAGUCAUUGGGUUUGAUUCAUGCUGACCUGAAACCUGAGAACAUCAUGCUGAUAGACCCAUCCAGACAGCCAUACAGAGUUAAAGUUAUUGACUUUGGCUCUGCCAGCCAUGUUUCGAAGGCUGUCUGCUCCACCUACUUGCAAUCCAGAUACUACAGAGCUCCAGAGAUUAUUUUGGGUCUGCCAUUUUGUGAAGCGAUUGAUAUGUGGUCAUUGGGAUGCGUUAUUGCUGAGCUCUUCCUCGGUUGGCCCCUCUACCCUGGUGCUUUGGAAUAUGAUCAGAUACGCUAUAUCUCUCAGACGCAAGGCCUACCUGCGGAACAUCUGCUCAACAAAGGCACCAAGACCUCACGUUUUUUCUACAAAGACGCAGAAUCUCCUUGCCCCUCAUGGAGACUUAAAACAACAGAAGAGCACGAGAAAGAGACCGGACUAAAAUCGAAAGAAGCAAGAAAAUAUAUCUUCAGUAGUCUGGAGGACAUUGCAAAUGUGAACUUCGUGUUGAGUCCAGACAACAAUGACAUGCAGGCAGAGAAAACAGACAGGAGAGAAUUUGUCUCUCUACUGAAGAGCAUGCUCCUGAUAGACGCAGAGGACAGAACUGUUCCCUCUAAUGUUCUGAGUCACCCUUUCCUCACCAUGACUCAUCUGUUAGACCACCCACAUAGUAACCAUGUACAGUCAUCUUUUCGCAUAAUGGACAUGUGUCAUGGCCGCACCAACAGUGCAGUUUUUGAUGCAUUGAACCAGAACACCACUCAUUUCUCAAGACCCACUGGUGGUCCCACUGCAUCCACUGGUCUCCCUGUGGGCUACAACAACGUACCAGUUCACACUCAGUCGAUUACACAAUCUGCUCCUUCAGUGAUGCAUCCUGGGAUUCCUUUGACAGCAAGAAAUGGUCAUUUUGGGUGUAGUGACUCCUUCCCACCUAUUCUUCUAUGUCCACCGAACAUUCAAGGUAACCUCAACCAAUCGGUCAGAUACUCUGUUCCUAUGGUACCUCAGGCUCCGCCAAUCCGGGCACUCCAAGUGAGGCCAAGUGUAUUAACACAGCCAGCCUGGUCUAACAGAGGUCAGCAGCUCCUGUUGCAAGCCACCUGGCCACAGAUGGCUGCUGUCGGUGUGCCCCCGACUCACGCUGUUCCACCAACAUCUUCCCUAACCAAUGACACCACAGUCCGUGCCCCAAGAAUCGGCGAAUGGGGGAAAUUGCGGUAUAAUACAUUGAUGCAACAACCGCUCCUGACCAACCACAUACCAGCUGUCUCUACACAUCAGCCACUCAAUAUAGGCAUAGCGCAUGUUGUAUGGCCUCAGUCAACUAAUAAAAGAAACAGGCAGCAUCACAACAGGAACCUGUCCCACCCAAUUAACAAUCACGCAUCUCAGGUUCGAUCCCCUAAAAUGGCCAACGUUGGUCAGGAAAUGUUAGGAAUCAGUAAACCUCAGAAGGAGGUACCUCUGGUGGAACCCCAGCAGCUGACGCAUCUAAAUUCAGACGAGGAGGAAGACGAGUCCCACGAUGAGGUGGGGUGCCUCAAUGAGGAUGCACCAAACAAAGAGCUUCAGCGAGAUGUUGCGCUUCUCAUGGGUGACACACCAAGCCCAACACCCAGUGUGAUCAGUAUCCACAGUGAACCAACAGAUGGUGAAGAUGUAGAAGACGACAAAACACAGUUAUGUUGUCCAAGAGAGUGUAAAGAGCAGUGCCUAUGCGAGGUAUGCAGAAACACCAGUGUGACUAUGGAACGAGUAUGUUCCCUUAGCAGUCCUGACAGCAGUCUCAGCACCAGUUCAUUUGCAUCCAAUUCUCUGCACUCCAGCCCGUCUGCAUCACCCUGCAAAAGACCCAACAGUAUGUCUGAAGAUGAUGGUCACGAGAGUGGCUGUGAAACAAUAGAGGGCUCCCCUAGAUCCAAUACAUCAACGUCACCCCAUGGCAAAAGUCCCUAUUGUUUCCUGGACAACAGUAACCAUAACAGCCGCCCAACUUUAGGUGCUGUAGUAGCACCAUUGCCUUCCCCUACAGUGCAUGGGAGGAGUCCUCGGGAUAUAAGGACAAUGGUGGUUCCACCAAUGAGAGUGCAAAACAACAACAUUCAUGGAAGACAGGAGCGUUUCCAGAGAACCGAGUUGUGGUCCCGAUCCAAAGGGCGCUGCAACAUUGCAGGACAGCAGAGCACUACCGCUAUCCCCUUCCUCCAAUCAACUCCUCUUAUGUCAUGGCAACAAAAACUGCACCAGCAGCAGCACCCCCCCUUGGGCCUUGGACAGGUGCAGCCAUUCGUUACAAACCACAACAUCAAAGAGUGGAACGGCAACUAUGGGCCGCUACGACCUCAUGCCUUCAUUCCCCCUACCGUCCACACACACAACUUUCCCCACCUACCGCACAGCAGCCCCACACACAAGUUAGGUGCCCCCCACACACACACCCUGUUGUCCUACCCUCCCAGCGGCCCCCUUACCACAGCCCCCCACCCCAUAUUGACCUCUCAUCCACCUCCACUACUUCAGCACAGCUACAGCCUCUCCCACGCCCCAGGGGGAGCUAUAGUCCACCAAGUGAACAUGGGCCUCAGCAGCCAUUCUCAGCAUCCUGGCUACCACAGGCUUCUCCCCUCACCUUCAGUCCACACACUUCAACAGCCUGGCUACACCCACCACCCCCACCAGUUCAAGCCAGCCUUCCGCCCUCCACCACCCGCUCCUCACCCAUACAUGGCGUCGCCAGCCGCCUAUACGGGCUUCCCUCUGAGUCCCACCAAACUGGGCCACCACCCUCAGUUCUCUUAUAUUUGAGAAGCAGAGCAGGGCCGCAGCAGCCCUGUUGGAUCAUCCCUAGGUUCACAAAGGCCAAUGGCAAAUACAGUGGUGCUGCGACAUGGUCAGGGAAAGCUUGCAGCAGACAACAAAACAAAUACUUGUGAUCAGCAGAGGAAAAUCUAUGACAAAAGGGUGAAAUCAAGUUACGUUUUUGAGGAGGACAGUUAAUUCCCUGCCUUUCUAGUGAGAAGGUUAAUAAAAUGAUUACAUUAAAUUGUUCAAGCAACAUCAGCUCUGAAAGACUUGGUCAACUCAUGUCUGCCAGAAGUGAUACAUAGUCACAAAAUUUAGGGCUGUGUCCUUUGCACAUAAAUUCUGUCCUGUUAUUUGAGAGUUAUGUGACUUCUUCUGCUAUUUUUCACACUGCAGGUCAAUUCUGAUUUUUAUUCCCAUAUCUGAUGGAACUUUUUUUAAGGGGACAUGUCACAUAUCUUUCAGGCAUGUAGUAUAAUUCUGAAGCACAUUCAAGUAACAAUUUUACCUUGGGUUGAUUUGUGGAAGCUAUAUACAGUAUUUCAUAGGCGACUUAAUAGAAAAUUGCCGCCGCACAGUACUCUUUAUCAUUCUUUUUGAGCCAAUAAGCUCAAUGUGGAGCCCUGCAAGAUUGGUUGACUGGCGCCAACCCACCGGGCCGCUCAACAUGACGCAUUUGGGAAGUAAAUAAAUUUAAAAGUGGGACUACCUCUGAUUCUCGGCGCCACUGAGGGCAAACCAUUUUCAGCUUGGCUGUGCAAGGUUCGGUGUUUUCCCCCAAAACCCAUCUCUGUUCUCUUUAUUAAGCGUAACUGACACAACAGUAUAACACAAAAAGCAGUAAAAAGGAUUUUAAUGUAUUUAAUGUGACAUUAAAAAUCUGCACGCUUAAAAGCAGAGUAGCGCGUUGCUAGUGUACGCUAAUGGUGAUGUUAUGUUUUCAAAGCAAGGCAAACAAUGACUUCAGCUAAUCUGUGCAGUUGUCUGCAGUUUUAUUUUAUGACCAUUAUUAGGGUUUAGGGUUAGGCCACUAACCAAUAUAUUUUAUUAAGCGGCAAUCUGUUUAUCAGUCUGCUAUCAAAUGUUUUGAAAGCAGUCCUCCUUGCAAAAACAAAUCUUUUUGAAAGAACGGUUGUUGCCUAAAAUACAGUCUGACCAUUUCUGAUGAAGCACGUCAUCCUUUGAAAGUGUGAAAAGGACACCCGUCUUUGCAUCCAAAUAUAGAUUUCCCUGUAGAUAUUUUGAAAUUCACUUGAUUAAAGAAGCUGAUGUGUGCGUUACGCUCGUAGUAUAGUCUGCAAAGGUGCUAAGGGCUAGUUGAGCUGUAACAUUAGCUACUGCUUCUCUUGAGGCGUAGGGGAGCUGUGCUUCUGGGGAGUAACUAAACGGUACAUAUUUCUGAGCAGGGGAGGCGUUAUGCAUAAAAGGCGGAAGACCGAGCUUUACAGCAGCUCCCAUCAGAAGGCAGAGAUUUGACGAUUUCACAAACAUAGGUGAAUGGUUAAAAAAAACGUGUUUUUAACCAGGGAACAACAUUUUUAAAAGCUCAACACAUUUUUCAUGUCAACCCCCGUUAAAUUCUAAACCAUGUCUGUUUUUGUAUAUGCAUAUAAAUCAGAUAUGACAUAAGUGCAUUAUGUUGGCUCAAGUCGAACUCAUGAGACAUUUAAUGCUAUAUUCAGACCAAACACGAAAAUAAGUUUUGCAUCGUGUUUAUAAUCAAAGUUUGGUCAUUUGUGUAGGGAUGUCCCGAUGCUGAUUUUUACAUGUUUUGCCGAUGCCAAUCCAAUACCUAUAUUUUGAAACCUGUAAAAAUAAUGCAAAAGAAUCAAUUUUUUGUUUUAAAGCGAGCUCUGUUGGUGCCUCAAGAAUAUUACACCCUCUUUUCCUAUCGUUACUUUAUAAAGAGGAGUAGUCUAACUUAGCAGACAUAUUUUCCUAAAGUUUGAUUUACAGCAGCCAAAAAGCACAAAGGUACUGAAGACGCACUACAACUAGAUCGGAUCCAAUCUUGUGACCAAAUCCGAUACUAGGCUUGCCACCCGACCCUUGAAAUAAGAAUCGUUCCGAAUUAGGAAUUAAAAUUUGCGUUCCGUAGUGAACCAAUACGGAAUAUAUAUAAAUACAUUUCUAUGCAUUUUAGAGUUUUGGGGAUGACCCUUUUUUUCUCGCCUGUAUAGCUUUCGCUGCGAGGGAGGCGUCCCUUAUUUCUAUUUCUGAAUGGUGGCAAGCCUAUCCGAUACGCCAAACAUAACUAUUGAGUGCCGAUAACGAUGCUGAGUAUCGGAUCGGGACAUCACUAAUUUGGUUGGUUGUUCGCAGUCGAUCAUUUGACCUAUUUUACAUUGACGUAAUGUUUCGUACAAUUUUCAUCCAUUCUCUGUGAAAUUUUGGAUCUAUGUUUUCGGCACGAUUGCCGAUGUGCAUGUGCUGUACUAUUAAUUUCGCUUUUUCGAUGGGUGUUGUAUUAGAAGACCGGCAUGACGUACGUAAAACGCUUGUAUUCACAGUGUGCAUGCGACAUGUAUUGAUGGACCUCAAGCUGAGCGCAAAUAUAUAUAUAUAGCUAGCAUUCGGUGAAAGAUAACCCCCCCACUCAAUGAGGUGCAGUUCAGUGAAUGAGAUAUUUCAUCCAAGUCAUUUGAUUUUAGCUCAUUAAAUAUUAUGGCCAUUGCAUUCAUAAACAUUCAUUAUUUGUAAACUUGGCGAACGGCCUCAUAGACUACAGCCAGGUGGGCUGUGUUGUGCCGCGACAUUGCCAAUCGUCGUUUUGGUUCACAGAUCAGCAUCUGUACACAAGUAAAUAUUUGGCCAACUUCCUCGUGCACCAUUUUCCACGCCUGCUCAUUUUUGUCUCAUUUCCCGUUACUGUAGCAACUAGUGUUGUUGAGCUCAGUGUGCACAUAUACAGCAAUCGUGUUGAGCUCAGUGUGCACAUAUACAGCAAUCAUGAUUUUUACCUCCUCUCUUCAACAGCGUGAGAGUAGGAUGCACUGAGCAUUCGUAAUGCUGAUUGGUUGUCGUGAAAACUUCGCACUCGAGGUUAGAUUUUUCCAAAAUUACUGUAUCUUCAAACUGUCGCUUUCGAAUAGUGUUUCUUUUUAAUCAAUUAUCGUUUUUCAAUUUUUCAAUAAAUUGACUACAUUAGCGACAAUUAUUUUCCACAAAUUAUGUACUCGUUCUGCAACACGAAUCGUUUUUCCAUGUAAAGGCAGGUGCCAAAGUACUUCAUUUUGACUCGAGACAAAAUAUAAUCACUCUGAUUUCAUAAGGCACAAGAGAAAUGAGAACAUUAAGCUGAAAUUCCCAAGGAUAUGGACAAUUGUAUGUUAAAGAUGGAAUCUAAACAAUGACUUAUUACCCGUCAGUAUAUCGCACAAACUUCAAUGAUGUUAAGUAACAAUCAUUGAAAGUAGGGAUGUCCCUAUCGCAUAUUUUUGCACCCAUGUCUGAGUCACCCAGCUUUGAAAAUAUGCCGAUACCCAUCACCUGCCGAGUCCCAAUUUGAUUCCGUAAAAACAUUUUUUUUUUUGUUACUGUCCCACCGUGCCGCCUUCAUAAUGCAAAUUAUUUAUAAACAAGAAUACUGUAGGGAAAAGCCUGUCUUUAUUAAAUGCUUCAUUGAGUGAGUCCGCUCACUCUGCUGAGAACAGCUUAACAAUGAUUGACACAUUGUGCCUUUGAUUGUAGAGCUACCAAGCUUCUCUGGCAAGAUCAAAUCUACAAACCUGUCAAUCAUCGUUAACUUUAAGUACCAAACGCAAGUUGUACAGUUUGGCCGCACUGCUUAGCAGGAGGCAGGGUGAGAGGCUGUGGCACUGUACGAGCAUGAAGCAGAAAAACGUAAAUAUUUUUAAUAAAAAAAUUUAAAAAACGAUAAUUUUCACCCAAUUCAGAUGCUCUGAAAAUGUCGCGAUCGCCCUCAUUUCCGAACACAUGAUCGGAUCGGGACAUGCCUAAUUGAAAUUGUUCACUAAAACAGACGGUAGCUAAAGAAGACAAAAAACUGUCAGUGGCAACAUCACAGAAGAUGCUUUAGAAUGAUUAACAUGUGGACAGAGCUGGCACUGUAGUGCAGUAGAAAAAUUCAUGUCACUUCACGGAAAGAUUCUGUUCACAUUACAAGUCACUUUUGUUUUUUGUAAAGUUGACGACUAAGUAAAAAGAUGGGCUUCAACAACAACAAAAAUCCGAAUUGAAUAUCAUACCCUGCAGUGUGAACUUGAAGCUUUUAAUGCCUUGUAGCAUGUGCGUACCACUCGGAUCUGUCAAAGCCAUGAUUGGAUUGAAGGCUCUCAGUUUGCUGCUGCUGCUGCUGCCAUCAGCCAGUGCCUUAACAGCAGUGUCCAGGAUGUCACUUCAGGAGUUUAUAUAGAUAUAGAUAUAUAUAUAUGUAUUGUACAUUUGUAUAGACUUGCAGCACUUCAGAUUCUGAAUAUAAUGAGCUUUUGGGAUAAAUAUGAGGAUUCUUCAUUCUGUUUCAAUAUUGUGCAACUUCAGUUUGCUUGCUAACUCAAGAGUAUGGAUUUACUUAAGCUACAGGCUGCACAUUUAGGGCUUUGACUGAAUGAUUUUUUACACUUAUAAAGUGAUUUGAUAUUUUGAUAAUCAAUUUUUACUCACUAUAGUACUCAAUUCAUAACAGUAUUGUCACUGUUUACUGUAACUGCAAUACAAUCUAGAUAGCCUCUGGGUUGCUGUGUUGUUUUUGUUUUUUAUGAAUUUACUUUGAUUUUCAGUUUUUAGGUGUUUGGGAGUGGUGUAGGCCUGAAAGAGAAUUGUUUUUCUUUUUUUAAAUGCAUUACAGUGUUUGAAAUAAUGUAGUAAUUUACAUAAUCCUUGCUGGCUUUUUCAUGUUCAAGGUGUAUCAGUAAAUGUUUUAACUUUUAACGUCUGACCUGUCCUAGACUGAAGCCCGUCAGUUUUGUUACAUUCCUUCAGGGUGGAUUAUGCAUAGCUUUGCUGUUCUUUUCAUGUUUUCAAUUUUUGUGCAGAGUAGUGUUCAGCUGGUCUUUAAUGGCAAUCAGCACCAAAGACAUUGUUCAUCAAUCAUUUUUCUGAGGCACAGUUGAUGUUAUUUGUUCUUUCACCUCCAGCAAACUGUUGCCGUUUGAAAUAAUGAAAUAUUGUCAGAGAUCUAUUUUAGAAAUGAGGUUGAGGUUUUAUUUUUCUGAGCUGCAUUUGGCAAGUUGUAUUUGGAAUGUAUAGAUAUUAAGCUGCUAUGUACUGAUUAUCCGCCACUUUGUAGCUGUGAAUUUAGAGGAUUAAUCUCAUUUAAGCCUGCAAGUCUAUAUAUUGUAGUUCUGGUGACUAGAAGUGGCUUUUACUUUAAUCAUAGAGUAUAAAUGCUAUCCUACAUGCUAGUGCCUAUGUAUAUUGGCUGCAAUGUUUUGAAGUGAUUUGUCAACUGCUGUAAUGGAAGUUGAGCAUUUUUAAAAAAUGUGUGUGUGUGUGCGUGGGUGUGCGCGUGCCUUUUAGCAUCAGUAUUUCAUCUUGAAAUGUAGUCUGAGGUGAACUUUUAGAUUGUGUAACCAGUGUGUGGUGUUCAUUUAUUUUUCUUUUAGUUUGUAUUGUGACAUGGCUUUUUUCCAUAAUGGGCUGUAUUUGUGACUCUUCGUACUGUACGACUAGUGCCUUUCUCCAAACUGGCUGACGGAGGAUGUCAUUGAUAUCAUAUGUAUUGCGAACGUGUGUACCAGUUCAUUUUUAGAGGAUAGACCCCUAACUCGACAUCACCAACAGUUUGAAAACUCUUUUUACACAGAAUCCUAAGAAAGUACAAGUCAGGGAAUGUUUACUGCGCUCACUAAGAACACCGCACAGUACUCCGAGAUAUAGGACCUGAUUUUAGACCAAUGCAAAGCUUUACCAUAACACCUGAAUGUAUUUGCGGGAACGGCAAAAUCUGGGAUAAUAAGAUGCCUGAUCAAUGUGUUUUCUGUGAUCAGAGCAUAGAUGGGUUUUUGUAUGCAACUUUUGCCGUAGAUAGGCAUCAUGUGUUGUGUUGGGGGUUCUUCCUAAAUGCUUUAUCAGUGAAUCAAAAGGUUCCCUCACCUAUUUAUUGUAAUGGUAUGGUUUUGCUGUGUUUCCUAUGUAAUAUGUAUUUUCUGUAUAAUUUGCUACUGUGUUAACAACCCUAAAACUAAGAGGUUGCACUGUUUUCAGUGGUGUGCCGCCUAUAUUUGUGUCGUGGAACAAAUGUCUCCGUUCAUGUAAGGGAAAUAAUUAUUCUCCUUUUGCUCGGUGUCAUUAUCUCAAGUAUAUCUAUUGAGGUGGUUCAUGUUUCCAUCUUAUUUACAGAGACAAUAAUGUCCCUUAAUCCCUUACCAUUUUGGCUGGAGUAGUUAAAUUUGGUAAUCCAUGCUGCCUCACGUGAGCAUUUGCGUUGCAGAAAGACACCAAAGGGUCACCUAGUUCCCCCAGGCGCAUGAAGUCCGGCACCCUUAAGUAUCCGUUGAAUAGAUUAUCUUCAAAUAAGAGCCAAUGUCUUAAUACAUUUUAGUUGCAGAUUGAUGAGCUUUUUUGUGCUGGCACUUGUCUAAGUUACUAGUUCUAAAUCAAUAUAGAUGUGUGAAGAUUUAUUUUUGAGGGUUACCGAAAUGCAUACAUGUCCAGUUAAGUCUUUAGACUCAUGUAAAGUAUAAUUUGUAAGAAAGUUCUCUAAUUAUUUGGUGGUUGAUGCUUUAUUUAGUCAAUUUGUAGACCUGAUUGGCAAGUCGAAACCAUUACUGUUAAAAUAUGUUUUGGCUGUAUGAUUUUGUGUUCUUAAAUGCUACACUAGUUUUCAUGUAGCAACUGCACUGUGCAAUAUACAACAUUAUGGGGACUGGGGAUAUAAUUAUUGUUUGGCUGUCACGUGUGUCGUGUGCGAUUCUUUCCCACUCUAGUUCUGAGUUUUAGUGUGACCAGGCCUUAUGAUGUACUUAGUCACAAAAAGCGGGUUCCUUCUUGGUGACUUAUUAGUGACUGUCAAAUUAUGAAUUGAUGUCAUGAUUCACUUUGAAAUAAAAAUAUCUUUUGCUUCAA